GUAAUGAACAAUAUAAAAAAGUAACUGUCAAAGCUAACUUGUGAACAACCAAAUGUCAUAGAAAUUUCUUGUGUUCUUGCAGGAUUAUUACAGUAGAAUAAUUGAUGGAAUGCAAAAUGGAAAUAGAGAAGCCUCCAGGCAAAGAAGAAAAAACUAGUUGUGAUUUGAAAUGCAGGGUCUGGAUAGAAUCAAAGAAGCUAUGGAGGAUUGCAUUUCCUUCUAUAUUAGCAAAGAUUACUCAAUUUGGAAUCCUUGUAGUAACACAGGCUUUUAUUGGACAUAUUGGAGAAUUAGAACUUGCAGCUUAUUCAAUUAUGCAAAUCAUCGCUAUGCCAUUCGUUCAAGGAACGCUGGCAGGCACGUCGAGUGCAACGGAGACUUUGUGCGGUCAAGCUUUUGGAGCAAAGCAAUACCACAUGAUGGGUAUCUACUUGCAGCGAUCAUGGAUCAUCAAUUUUUCUACAGCAACAGUCAUGCUUCCUGUGUUUAUCUUCUCAUCGCGAAUCUUCAAGCUACUCGGGGAGAAAGAAGACAUAGCUAACAAAGCUGGGGAGAUGUCACCAUGGUUCAUUCCAUAUCUAUAUAAUUUGGUAUUUAACCAGACCAUCCAAAAGUUCUUGCGGACUCAGCUCAAAAACAUGAUUGUUGGGUGGCUUUCUGCUAUUUCAUUUGUGCUUCAUUUGCUCCUGUCAUGGAUCUUUGUGGUUAAACUGAACCUGGGGAUUCCUGGUGCAAUGAGUUCUAUUAUUAUAUCAAGUUGGUUUGUUGUGAUUGGAGACUUUGUAUAUAUAUUUGGGGGCUGGUGUCCCGAAACUUGGAAAGGUUUCACUCUAGCUGCCUUCUCUGAUUUAUUACCCUCGUUAAAGCUUUCGAUAUCCUCAGGUGUGAUGAUCUGCUUGGAGUUAUGGUACUAUUCUAUCUUAGUCUUGCUGGCUGGAUACAUGAAAAAUGCCAAAACUGCAAUAUCUGCUUUCUCCAUUUGCAUCAACGUUACAGAUUGGGAUUUUAUGCUAUGUAUGGGCUUCCUGUCUGCCACCAGCGUGAGGGUUGCAAAUGAAUUAGGCAGAGGAGAAGCCAAAGCAGCGAAAUUUGCUAUUAAAGUUAACGUGGGUACUUCAGUUUCAAUUGGAGUGUUUUUUUGGAUUUUGUGUUUAUCACUUGGCCACAAAAUCGCGUACUUGUUCACAAGUGAAAAGGCAAUAGCAGAAUAUGUGUCAAGCCUCUCAAUCCUACUUGCUUUCUCCAUUCUACUCAACAGCUUUCAGGCAGUUUUCUCAGGGGCAGCAAUAGGUGCUGGGAGGCAAAGUAUGGCUGCAUAUGUGAACAUGUGUUGCUAUUACGCUGUUGGGGUCCCUGUAGGUGUUAUUCUUGGAUUUGUAGCUCAUCUGCAAGUAAAGGGAAUUUGGAUUGGAAUGAUACUUGGAGAAAUAAUGCAAGUAAUAACACUUGGCUAUAUCACCUCAAGAACUAACUGGGAGGAACAGGUUGAAAAGGCAUCAGAACGUCUGAAUCGAUUCUUGAAACCUUCAGAAGAGUUUAGUAAAAGUUCUGCUCAUGAAUAAAAUUAUUUAUUGCUUACGAAAAUGUAUAAUACAUCUUACCAAUGGAAUUUCCUCUUUUGCAGAAA